CGCCUCAGUCGCACGCCGGACACACAGACACUCUCUCCGACAACAAACAAUACCGUCUCGCGUCGCAAAGACGCACCCGUCUGCACCUAACCGCUGUUGAUGCGGACGCUCAGGCAGAUACUAGCCGGAUUCGUACCACCGCGCAUCAGGAAGCGUCUACACAUGGAGAGUCGCAGCAGUAAGCCGCCGAGGGGCACUAACAGGCCGUCCUCGCCCGACAGCGAGGGCACGUCGGAGUCUUCGGCGGCGCCCAAGUCCAAAAGCAAGUUCGGCGCGUUCAGGACGAGCCUGAAGGAGGUGGGGCAGCGCGUUGGGGGCCGGGGAAAGCCCGCGGACCCGGAAGCGGCCGCCGUCAAAGCCAAGGAGAAGGACAGGAAGAAAGUGAAGAAGCUGGAGAAGAGCAAGAGCAAGGCGAGCAAGAGGGAGGGCAGCGCGGAAGAGAGUCCGGCGGCCGACGGGGCAGAGGCGACGCCGUCGCCGGCCAAGACUGCGCGCACGAGCAAGGCGUCGACGCUGGUGCGCAAGCUGAGCAUCGGCAGGUACAAGGGCGGCGACGGCGGCAAGAACUCGAAGACGCCGACGCCGGAGGCUUCGCCGAGCGCGUCGUCGGCGUCGAGCAGCCGGCAGGCGCCGGACGGAGAGGACCUGAGCAGCCCCGGGACGCCGCCCACUCCGCCCGUCCGCCAACCGGAACCGCCGCUGCCGCCCGACGCUGACCAAUCGGGUGAGGCGGCGGCUGACGGCGAGGGACCCGUUACGGAACCGCGCGCCGCUGCCGACCCGCUGCCCACUGCGCCCGAAGCCGCCGCUACAGCUGCGGAACUCGUGCAGGAGAUCAUCUGGAACCUGACGCCGGAACCCGCUGCCGAUCCUCCGGCGCCACCGCAGCAGCAGCAGCAGAGUGAGCCCGCCGCGAAGGACGGCGGUGCAGCCGAAGCGGAGCCGAAAGCGGCCGACGUCGCGGACCUGCGCGCUCCGCCGCUAGUAGCCAGUGUGUCGGCGACCGUGCGCGACGUAGCUGCGCGCCAGGCAGAUCCGCUCGAAAGCGAACACGAGGAGGAGCUGGACCAGUUCGGCGAAGUGGAGAGCGAAGCAGCGCAGACCGAGAGCGGGCGGGUGACGCCGGCAGCCGAGAGCGCAGUUUCUGCUCCGCCAGUCCAGAGCUCCAGUGAAGACACGAUCGAGCAGAGGGUAGAGGAAAUAGAGCAACAACCUUCCGCGUCGCCACAGCCCGAACAGGAAACGCCGCUAGAAGCCGCAGAGGAGAAACCGCAACCGCCCCAGCCGCAGGACUCGUCUGCAGAGGGCUCCGAGCACGGCGACGUCACUGUGGUACAGCCGGAGCAGCAGACAGAGCAGGAGGCGCAACCGGCGGCUAGCGACUCUGAGGCGGAGGAUUCCACGGGGGACAUGUCGCAGAGGAGGAACCGCAAGCGACAGUCGGGCGCGGCUGCGGCGUCGGCGUUGUCGCCGGGGGCGGCCGACGGCCCGGACGCCCUGCCGGACUCGCCGCUGCCGUCGCUCAAGGCGGAGCUGGCCACGGCGGCGGACAAGGAGCGGCAGCAGCGCGAGAGCGACGCCUCGGACACCUUCCUGGACGCAGAGAGGGCGGACGGAGCGCUGCACAAUGGCACGGGCGACGAAGAGUUCGCACAGGCGGAGGACGAGCGAGGGAGUCUUCUGGACGCCACCAGCACCAGCAUCGGCGACGCCAUAGCCGAGGCGCGUUCUAAGCUCACUGAGAGCCUGGGGGCCGCAGCAGCUGCCGCCUCGCAGCAGCCGCCCUCGCCCGCGGCGCAGCAGCUGCCUGAGAAGCGCGAGCAUUUGUACAAGAUCCUGGUGAUCGGUGAGCUGGGCACGGGCAAGACGUCCAUCAUCAAGCGUUAUGUGCACCAGUUCUUCUCGCAGCACUACCGCGCCACCAUCGGCGUCGACUUCGCGCUCAAAGUCCUCAACUGGGACUCAAACACCAUAAUCCGCCUGCAGAUGUGGGACAUUGCCGGCCAGGAGAGGUUUGGCAACAUGACAAGGGUUUACUACAAAGAGGCAGUGGGUGCUUUCAUUGUGUUUGACGUUACCCGUGUUGCGACAUUUGAUGCUGUCAUGAAAUGGAAGCAGGACCUAGACAGCAAAGUGACAUUACAAGAUGGCUCACCCAUUCCUUGUGUUCUUCUUGCAAAUAAGUGUGAUCAACCAAAAGAAGGCCUUGUCAAUAAUCCUGCUAAAAUGGAAGAAUAUUGCAAAGAAAAAGGUUUCACAGCCUGGUAUGAAACUUCUGCCAAGGAAAAUAUUAACAUUGAUGAGGCAGCAAGGACUCUUGUCAAGAAGAUUCUGCAAAAUGAUCAAUUAAUACACCAGAAUGACACAGCAAAAGACACAGAAAAAAUUGCUCUCGAUGGUAAAGCAAGUGAAGCAAAGAGUGGUCGGUGUUCAUGCUGACAAAGUUGAUAGAAGCUUUCGAAGUAUUUUAUCAACCACAAAGAUAAACAACAGAAUAAAUGUCUUGCCUCACUUUGGAUACUUAACAGCUAAGAGUGCAAAGCAUCUGACAGCUUAAAGUACCUGUGAGAGCCAAGAUACUUGUUUUAUAUGCUGCAUCCUUUUAUCAUGUAUCUUUUUUUGCAUUUCAUGAGGAAUAUUAGUGUGAGUGGUUCAUAUGUGUAUGUGUGUAGUACAUUUGAAUUUUAUGUAAUAUCAUACAUUGUUCAAAGUGUUGUGCAUGUCACUCACUCACUCAUUCAGCCACUUUUGUAAAAAUCCAGACUAUACAAAAAAUACAAUGAACAUAUCAAGACUGGUCUUGUCAAACAAGCAAAAAAUUGCAAUUACAAAUUGUUACUGAAAUGACUUGCCUGUUGCAAACAGAUUACAAAAACAAUGCAUAAUGAAACUUACAUAAAAAUUUUGUAAGUGUGCCAUAUUUAUUAUACACUAUAAAUUUUCUGCAUUUGUUUAGAACAGCUGCAUGCUUUGCAUGUACUUCCAUUCUGGGUUAUGGAUGCAAUUUUGAAACUUCUAAUUUAUUGUAAAAAAUUUCAAAGACUGUAAAUACACAAUAGUUACUCAAAUGCCAGAAUUUUGGCACAGUUAUUUUAAUUAUUGCAUUUUUAGAAUAUGUAGCAGAUUGUAAACUUAAACACAGAAUCAGAUUUCUAUUACCUCAGUGUUGUUUUACACACAACUUCUGUACAGUAUAUUCAUGUUAUAGUAUUAAAUUU